AAUGACCGACGCCUCCUGGUGCGCCUCGAGGCUGCCCCGCCCCGCCCCGCGUGUUCCCUGGUCCCGCGCGGCGCCGGCUCAGUGCUGAGCGGCCGGCCAGCGGCGCGCGUCCUCUACCGCGGUCGCCGCCGAGGCGCAGCCGCAGCCGAGCGCAACCCCGCCGUCCAGCCGCCCUCCGGCGCCAUGUCGCAGAGCGGAGCCUCCGGGCUGCAGGAGGAGAACCUUCAGGGCUCCUGGGUGGAACUGCACUUCAGCAGCAGUGGGAACGGGAGCGGUGUUCCCGCCUCGGUUUCCAUCUACAAUGGAGACAUGGAAAAAAUACUGCUGGAUGCCCAGCAUGAGUCUGGACGGAGCAGCUCCAAGAGUUCUCACUGUGACAGCCCACCUCGCUCACAGACACCACAAGAAAAUACUAGAGCUUCUGAAACAGAUACCCAUAGCAUUGGAGAGAAGAACAGCUCUCAGUCUGAGGAAGAUUAUCUUGAGAGAAGGAAAGAAGUUGAAAGCAUCUUAAAGAAAAACUCAGACUGGAUAUGGGAUUGGUCUAGUCGGCCAGAAAAUAUCCCCCCCAAGGAGUUCCUCUUCAAACACCCGAAGCGCUCAGCCACUCUCAGCAUGAGAAACACCAGUGUCAUGAAGAAGGGGGGCAUUUUCUCAGCAGAGUUUCUCAAGGUUUUUCUUCCAUCUCUGCUGCUUUCUCAUCUGCUGGCCAUUGGAUUGGGGAUCUACAUCGGGAGGCGCCUGACAACCUCCACCAGCACUUUUUGAUGGAGACUUGGGCCUGGCUCUGUUUUCGGCUGGGGAUUCCCACAUGAGCUGACGGCGGACUGAAGCGCUGCGGUGAUCCUGGGGUGGCUGCACCACUUUCAUUUAUUUGUUCCGUGAAUGCUGCGCUCGUAACUUAGUAAAAUGAAACAGCAGACACUAAAAUCAUGCUGGCCUGUAAUUAUACCUAUGGGAUCAAUUAAUAAGCAUGUCAGACUGAUUAAUAGUUACUGUAAGAUUUGGUAGUAAAUUUCCUUUGAAUAUUAGAUAUAAAUAGUAUAAAUAAUUUAAUAGUUAUGUAUGUAGUAUUUAAAAAAUUAACUGUAACCUUAAUUGUUAAAAUACUUUAUAUUUCAAAAAACCGAAUAACAUUGAUUGGUAGAAAAAAAUCAUGACAUUAAGGGAAUUGUCCAAAAGAAAUAUUGUGGCCUUAUAAUGACUCCAUUGUGGAUGGCGUGUUGGAUGUAGAGGAACACCAUGCGAUCACCUGUGAAGACCAGCGCUGUCUGCAUCAAGGAGCAGUGGGACCAUGUGCCCCGAGCAGCGUUGUGUGGUGUGUAGACUGCAGCCUCUGACCGUCAGGCCACACCUGGGUGGCUGCUUCUCGGUUGAAGCACCUCCUGGUCUUCCUCUGUCACUCUGGAUUGCUGGAUUUAAUCUUACUGUUUGUGCUCAACUGGUGUGUGCUCUUAGACAGCUUUACUGUAAGCAGGUGUGUCUACUUAAACUGGAGAUAGACAAAAAUAAAUCUUUGCCAAAUUCUUCA